AUGUAUAGGAAUAGACAUAAGUGUGGCGGGUACUUUGAGAACCCAUGCCUCGGAGGAAUAUACCCAACACCCAUGCCUACCAGCCUGACGAUAGAGACUCGGAGUAAGCCAGGCUCAGAUAUGAACCUUCUUGUGCAAACUGUAGCUCGCCGAAGCCGUGUUAUACCCAUGUUCGAUGCUGUGCUAUCAGGAAUCGUCGAUCCCAACGGCAUUUUACCAGGAGAGUUUGCCAGAUUGCAGACUGAGCAUGGCCAACCUGAGGCAGCAAAGGCUCCAUGCCUUUCUCACCGUGAGAGAUGGGAGGCCAUCGUCCAAUCUGCUCACCAGACCUGCACGGCUCACACGUUCAUGCAAACGAUUACUCCGUCCAGCAGGGCGAAACAUCGAGAUUUGUUCCCAUCAAGCUACCUCCCCCCCGCAAGAAAGAUCGAGCUACAUCGAUUGGCUGGCCAGCCUUCUCGUCUCUCUUAA